CUGCCCGCGAUUUGACGAACAAUCAGCGGCAACUCAAGAUGGCGGACAGCGCACGAAAAUGUUUAAAGAUUUUGUGCAUACAUGGAUAUAGACAAAGUGCAAGCUCCUGUAAAGAUAAACUUGGUGCAUUUCGCAAAUCAUUGAAAAAACUACCAUUAGAGUUCGUUUAUAUCACUGCGCCAAAUAAGAUACCCAAGACUAUAACAGGCGAGGAAGCAGGCCCCGAUAACGAUGAGUAUGGUUGGUGGUUCUCCAAACCUGAUGACUCCUAUGACCCACUGAGCCCAACUGAGCUGUGUAAAGGGUUUGACAGCUCAAUCGAUCUUAUACAUAAAACAUUCAAGGAACAGGGACCUUUUGAUGGUGUUUUUGCAUUCAGCCAAGGCGCAUGUCUUGCCUCUAUUCUCUGUGCUAUGAAGGACCAGGGGUUGCUAGAUUUUCGUUUUGCCAUCCUGGUUGCUGCUUUUAAAUCCCGAUCUGCAACACACAGCAACUACUAUAGCGAUAUUAUCUCCUGUCCGACAUUACACGUUUAUGGUGACACAGACAGUGUUAUACCUAAGGAGAACAGUGAAGACCUUGUAAAAUGUUUUGCCAACCCGAUGACUCUCAACCACACUGGAGGGCAUUUUGUAGCAGCAGCAUCCCAGCAGAAAAAAGUUUACCUUGAGUUCUUAGGAAAUUUUAUUGAUAAUUAGACAAGUUAACAAGCUUUUAUUGUUAUUAGAUGUGUGUGAAAGAAGUAUUUGACAAAAGUUGUAGAAAACAGAAUUACAAAACACAAGAUAAUAAAUUGUCUUUUUUGUGUUGAAA